AUGGUCAUACCUGCAUAGUUUUUUGACUCACAAAUCUAGGGUGGAUGGUACAUACAUAGGUGGUACCUACUGCCUGAAUAUAGUAGGGGUUUUUCCAAGCCACUAUGGCCGGAAUACGAAUCUCUAUCCGUUUAUGGGAUGUUAAGACAGAAUAAUAAAAAGCCAAAAUAGAUGGUCAUUCAGAUAGGGUAUUUUCAAUUUGUUCCUCUCCUGAUGGUACUACAUUAGCAUCUGGUAGUGCAGAAUACUCUAUUCGUUUACGGGAUGUUAAGACAGGAGAAGAAUAUGUCUUGUCAGAUAAUUGAUAUAAAAACAUUUUAGCAUAAUUUUAAACUCCAAUUUUUAAUAACAACAAGAUCAAAGAAAGUGGUAUUAAUUAUCAAUUAUUAUUUAGUUUCAUCGAUUAUCACUAUUCUUUUGA